UAAAUGGCGAAGCAAACAUGGGGGGAAAUGUGAAAACAUGGGGAAAGUGAGAGUAGGCUUGGCGCUGCUGCUGUGCUUCAUGGUCACGGCGAUGGCCGAACAAUGCGGUCAACAAGCUGGAGGGCAGAUAUGUCCCAACAAUCUCUGCUGCAGCCAAUACGGGUGGUGCGGCGACACCGAAGAUUACUGUUCGGUCUCAAAGGGCUGCCAAAGCAACUGCUGGGGUGGCGGCGGAGGUGGCGGUGGUGAAAGUGCAUCUAAUGUACGCGCGACGUAUCAUUACUAUCAACCAGAGUUACACGGAUGGGACUUGAACGCCGUGAGUGCUUUUUGCUCAACUUGGGACGCUGACAAACCUUACUCCUGGCGCAGCAAAUAUGGGUGGACUGCUUUCUGUGGACCUGUUGGGCCUCAGGGUCGAGAUGCUUGUGGAAAGUGCCUGCGGGUGACAAACUCAGGCACGGGGGCGCAGGAAACUGUGAGAAUUGUGGAUCAAUGCAGCAAUGGAGGGUUGGAUUUGGACGUGGGAGUGUUCAACCGAAUCGACACAGAUGGCAGAGGCUACCAACAGGGCCAUCUCAUCGUUAGUUAUCAAUUUGUGGAUUGUGGGAAUGAGCUUCACCUCACCAAUCCUUUACUCUCGAUCCUCGAUUCUCCUUGACAUCAUCGUCUACUACUACUGUAAUAAUCAAUAAAACUUGCUGCUUUCUGAGUAGAGUUAGAGUCUUUCCGUUUCGAAAGUCAUGCUCAGAAUAAUUAGGUCUGGAUUUUGUUAUCCUUAUAUAAUCACAUCAAAAUCCACCUUAAUUUCACUCACUCUCUUUUA